AGUCCUACUGGCUGAGAGGCCGAUGACGUCACAUGACAACAGGAAGCUAGGCGCUCCAAUAACCGGAAGAACCCGGAAGGUUCAUAGCUUGAGAGACGGGACCGGGAGACGCCGGGAGACACGGAGCCGAGAUGUCCAACAUGGAGAAAAAUCUGUUUAAUCUGAAGUUUGCAGCAAAAGAACUGAACCGGAGCGCCAAGAAGUGCGAGAAGGAGGAGAAGGCGGAGAAGGCCAAAAUCAAGAAGGCCAUACAGAAGGGGAACACAGAGAUCGCCCGGAUACAUGCCGAGAAUGCCAUCCGCCAAAAGAAUCAAGGCAUCAACUUCCUGCGGAUGAGCGCCCGGGUGGAUGCAGUGGCAGCGCGGGUGCAGACGGCCGUCACAAUGGGCAAGGUGACGAAGUCGAUGGCGGGUGUGGUGAAAUCCAUGGAUGCCACCCUGAAGAGCAUGAACCUUGAGAAGAUCUCGGCGCUGAUGGAUAAGUUUGAGCGCCAGUUUGAGACGCUCGAUGUUCAGACGCAGCAGAUGGAAGACACGAUGAGCAACACGACCACACUGACCACACCGCAGAAUCAAGUCGACAGUCUGCUCCACGAGAUGGCGGAUGAGGCCGGCCUGGACCUGAACUUGGAGCUUCCUCAGGGACAGACCGGAUCUGUGGGAACCAGCGUCGCCUCUACAGAACAGGAUGAGCUGUCGCAGAGACUCGCCCGUCUACGUGAUCAGGUAUAGGGCAGCCGCCUGCUUCCUCCUGUAUAGAUGUGGUACAUACCUGGAGACGUCUCUCUGCAUCGUUCUACAUACAGAGCACUUCUUCUCAUGGAUCCUGCUCUUCAUACUCAGGACUGUGCGCUCACAGACAGCAGGGGGCGCUCUUAUUUCAGCCCCCCUCAUAUUCCAUCUAACUUAUACAAUAUACAUUAAAUUUUAAAUCUGACUCAUUAAAAACCUUAUAAUCCCCUCCCCCGGUUGUGUGGAGAACGUCUGCGCCUGAACACUAAGCUGCACCGCGAUGUCCAGGAGACUGAUGCUGAUGUUGGUGGUAGUAGUGGUGAGGUCGCCCAUCAUUGCUACUCUGUGCUUUAUUUAAUGAGUCUUUAUGCCGUUGUUGCGGAGCAGUGGAUUCCUGUCAUUUUCUCCUCUGAGUCUCUGAUCCCCAGGAAUCCGCCGCCCCGCAGCGUGACGUGUCGCUGAUCUCCCCGCCUGCGGACUGUGACGCUCAUCUGCUAUGCCGUGAUUCUUCCUUCUGUUCAAUAACCUGGGUCUGGCUUGUAUGAUGAGUCUGCCUCCAUCUCUGUGGGAUGGUCUUAAAGGGGUAGUCCAGUCUGAGCUCGCUAGUAUUGGUGUGCUGUAAUAAGGACGGGAUCACCCCUUUAAUUAUGGGUAACGUAUUUGUGUUUGCGUCUGGAGCUGCGUCGUCUUCUGCUCUCCUGUGCGGCUUUCAAUAAACCGUUUUCUUUA